AUGGAUAUUUGCGUAUGUAUAUCGCGCUCGCCAAAGCACAUAACCCAUCACGGCCCAACUAACACGGAUUUUGCGCAGUGCACCCGCCUGAGCGCUGCGCUCGGAGCACAAGUCAGCUUCGCGGGGCAGGCGCCGUACAGCCAGACGUCGAGCUCGUUCUGGUCGCUGCAGGAAGCGACGCUGGCGCCGGCGUGCGUCGUCCGCCCGACAGCCGCGCAGCAUGUCGCCACAGUCGUGUCCAUUGCCCUGUCGUCCGGCGAGGGCUGCCGUCUCGCGGUCAAGGGCCAGGGCCACGCGCCGGCCGCGGGAUUCGCCAACAUGGACGGCGGCGUCACGGUCGACAUGGCUGGGCUGAACCGGGUGGCGGUGAACCAUGACGCGUCGGUGGCGGCGAACCAUGACGCAUCGGUGGCGAGCGUGGCGGCUGGCGCGUCUUGGCUUGACGUUUACCGGUACUUGGAGCCGUUCGGCAUGGCUGUUGCGGGAGGGCGCAAUGGGCUGGUGGGAGUGGGCGGGCUCACCGUCGGAGGAGGCAUCUCGCACUUUUCUCCGCGCGUGGGGUGGGCGUGCGACAAUGUCGUCAAUUUCGAGCGGGCGUCGGUGUUUGACGCCUUCUCUGCGAUCGCAAACGCCACCGUGUUCGACAUAUACGCGUCGCUGGUCACCGGCCUGCUGUACAACUCGACCUCGCAGCGCUGGCUGAUUAGCAGCUCUGCCGUCUACACACGGCCCGUCUUGGAGCCAGCCAUAUUUGCGCCGCUUGCAGCCGUUCCCAGCAUUGCGCAAAGCUCUAGACUGACCAGCCUCGCUGCGCUGGCGGACGAAGCGCCCAACCCGCAGAUGUACUGGUUCUUCGCCACAGCGACAUUUGCGCCGUCUGCCGAGCUAAUGGGCGACAUAUUCGACGCGCUGAACGCCACGCUCUACGCAUUCAACCCCGCCGGGGGCGUCGUAUGGAACAUUGCCUUUGAGCCGCUGCCCUCCGUCAUGCUCGCGCGCGCCGGGAAAAGGGGCGGAAACAUUUUGGGUCUGGGCCCUGCCGAUGGGAAUGCAUUCGUCGUCUUGCUGUCCGCGUUCUGGUCUAGGUCUUCCUCGACGGCAGCCGUGGCGCAGACAGCGAGGCGCGCCCUGGCGGAGAUUGAGUCUUGCGGACGCGCACGCAACCAGCUCAAGCGGUUCCAGUAUCUCAACUACGCCGGGCCGUUUCAAGACCCAAUAUCGUCAUACGGAGCCGAUAAUGUCGAGUUUCUCAGACGCGUUGGCGACGGAUAUGAUCCCAAGGGCUUCUUUCAGUCUCGUGUGCCGGGCGGGUUCAAGAUUCCACAACGAGUCCGAGGAUGA